AAGAGAGGGAGGGGGGAAUAAAUAGAAAGCGAGAGGAGGUCGCAGGCUUCUUCCAACAUCAUCCAACCAGUCACAGAAGAACUCACAAUACUAUGAUAUGAUUAUCGACUCCUUGGAUAUUCCCAACGUCUCCCAAGGGAAGGCAUCCCUUCCUCGUCCCUCUUACCCGGGGAGAAACCGGAGUUGCCUCGCUCUGCCUUCGCUUCUUUCGCCUCAGUCGAGCAGAGUUCCCUUCACCGAAGACUCUGCGUCGACACUCACCUGCAAGAAGCUUACCUGUACGGAGAGUGUGCGAAACCUAAAGAAGGAUAAUGAAUUUCCUUGGUGAUUUUAUUCCUUUGGCUCCACCCAUGGACAAGGAAAUACUUGGCACAAGAGUCAAUAUUAAAGAAGAGCUCAAUGCUGAUGUGACCGAAAAGACCUGUCUGGAAAUUAAGGAGGAACCACUUGAUUAUGCAGAUGAAGCGAGGGAUGAAAUGAGCGACGUGAAAGUGAAACAUGGAUGGCUCCCCUUUCACAUUCUUCAUGGCCAAAAACAUGAAGGAAAUGAAAAGGACUCAUGUGUUUUCUUUCAGAAUCGUCAAGACUUGUUAAGAGCGCCGUUUGUGGCUGAGACCUUUGGGAACAAGGAUUCAUCAGAUGGGGAUCAAAUGGCGCAGAAGGAAAGUCUUAAUAAUAUAGACCUAAAAGUGAAAAACACAUUAAAGUGUUUUGUAUGUGAGGUGUGCGGCAAAAAAUUCUCUUAUAAAAGUCAAAUCGGUCGUCAUAUGGUAGUUCACACAAAGGUAAAGCCAUACAUUUGUGAUGUUUGCAACAAGGCUUUCUCUAAAAAGUCUAGUCUAGUGACACAUAUGAGAGUACAUACAAUGGAAAACCCAUUCAUCUGUGAUAUUUGCAACAAAGGCUUCUCUCGUAAAAGUCAUCUAGUUAGGCAUGGCAGAGUGCAUACAAAAGAAAAGCCAUUCUUAUGUGAUGUUUGCAACAAGGCCUUCUCAGAAAAAAGUAGUCUAAUGACACACAUGAGAGUUCAUACAAAAGAGAAGCCAUUCAUCUGUGAUGUUUGCAACAAAGUCUUCUAUCGCGAAGACCAUUUAGUCCGCCAUGUCAGAGUACAUACAAAGGAAAAGCCAUUCAUCUGUGAGGUUUGCAACAAGGCUUUCUCUCAGAAAUUUAAUCUUGUCAAGCAUUACAGAGUGCAUAUAGAGGCUAAGUCAUACAUCUGUGAGAUUUGUCAUCUAGUUAAGCAUGGCAGAGUGCAUACAAGAGAAAGGCCAUUCUUCUGUGAUGUUUGCAACAAGGCCUUCUCAGAAAAAAGUAGUCUCAUGACACACAUUAGAGUUCAUACAAAGGAGAAGCCAUUCAUCUGUAAUGUUUGCAACAAAGUCUUCUAUCGCAGAGGCCAUUUAGUCCGCCAUCUCAGAGUGCAUACAAAGGAAAAGCCAUUUAUCUGUGAUGGCUGCAACAAGGCCUUCUCAGAAAAAGAUAUUCUAAUGACACACAUGCGAGUUCAUACAAAGGAGAAGCCAUACAUUUGUAAUAUUUGUAGCAAGGCCUUCUCAAUAAAAUCUAACCUAGUGAGACACGUGACAAUGCAUACAAAGGAGAAGCCACACAUAUGAGAGAUUUAACAAUAAGAUCUUUUCUUAGAAAAAUAAUUUACAUUGACAUACUUGAGUACAUGAAAGUUAUAAUCACAUGUAUGCAUGCUUUCACCCGGAGAAAACAUCUCUUGGGGAACAUGAGACUGCCUCUAAUAGCAUAUUGUUUCAGCUAGAAGAAAAACGUUCUUUUUAUAUAAUUUGGGAGGAUUUGUCCUAUUUUCUUUUCUUUUUCCCUUUUUUGAAUAUCUUUAUCUGAUUUAUGCUGUAUAUGGUAUUCAUAUUUUGUAGCGCUUUUAAAGCAUAAUAAACGUUUA